AUGAAUAUCUACUUUAUAGAGGUUGAAAAUUUUAAAUCAUUUAGAGGUAAGCAUUAAAUUGGACCUUUUACUUAAAUGACUGGUAUAAUAGGUCCUAAUGGCUGUGGUAAAAGUAAUAUAGUUGAUGCUUUGACUUUUGCUUUCAAUAUAGAAAAUGCAAGAAAUCAUCAUCCAAUUAGUAGUAUAACUUAGCAAUCAAAACCUGAUAUGUGCUCAGUAGAGGUAGUAUUAUAAGAUAAGCGUUAAAAAAUAUCCUUUAAAAAAACCUAAAACAGAAAAAAAUAAAUAACAUUUUACAUGAAUAACAACAUAUUAAAUCAAGAUUAAUAUUUAGAAUAGCUUAAAAAAUAUAAUAUUGGUCCAUAAUCUUUUAUGCUUUAAGGCGAAACUGAUAAACUCAUUAAGAAAAGUCCAGAAGAACUAUCAGAAAUCAUUGAAAAAGCAUGCGGAAGUCUUUAAUAUAAAAAGGAAUAUGAUGAGUUAAAUCAAUAAAUAAAAUCAAUCAAUGAUGAGACCAUUAAAAUUAUUUCAGAAUAAAAGAAUCUAAAAAAAGAGGAUUAAAAAUUAAGAAGCAUAAGUGAAUAGAAUGAGAAAUAUGAAUCCUUAAAUGAAGAAAUAAAAUAAAUAGAAGUCAAAAUCGAAUAAGCUAACUUCUUUUAAAUUGACAGCAGCAUUUUAUAAGAAAUGAAAGCAUUAUCAACCACACAAAAUAAAUUAGAUGAAAGAAAAACAGAAGAAGGAGCAAUCAAAUAGAAAAUUUAGUAGAACAAUAUUAAAAUUAAAAAUUUGCAAAAAGAACAGUCUAAAAAAGAGAAAGAAAGAGAGUAAAUUAAGCAAUAAAUUAGAGAACUUUAGGAGUAAUUGGAAUAAGAGGAGGAUUAAGUUAAGAAUGCUAAAAGUUUUUCAGAGAAUGCUAAAUUGCAAAAAAGUUUCUAAGAUCAAAUAAAAGAUAUUAAUGAUAGCUUGGCAAAAUUAAAUGGUCAAUUGAGAAAAGAAGAGUCUAUUUUGAAUGAUAUGCAAUCGAAAGAAUCCUAAAAAAGCAAAAUUGAGAAUAAAAAAUUGAAAGACAACUAUGAAGAGUAUCAAGAAUUAGUAAGAGUGUGCAAUUCAUAAACUUUGAACUUAGAACUUGAGAGUAAAAAGCUUGCAAAUGAUAUGAAUAAUGCUCUUUCUCAAUUAAAAGUGUCAAUAGAGGCUUAGUCUAAAUAAAAUAAUCACAUUGAAGAGCUUGAAACAAAAAUUAAUGAGGCAAAGACUAAUUAAAUUUCUAAAUAAGGAGAACUUUAGUAAAAAUAAUAGGAAAUCUCUUCAAUUAAGUAAGAAUUAAUAGAAUUAGAAAAUCAAAGAAAAGAUAAUGUUCUCAAGAUGGAAAACAUUUAAAAGGAUUUAUCAGUACUAUUAUCAAAUAAGCUUUCCUUAGAGUAUGAGUUAGAGUAAAUGGAAGAAAUUAGAAAUUAAAAUAAAGUGUAUAGAGAACUUCAUAAAUUUAAAGGAUUUUAUGGAUAAUUUUCUGAAUUAAUUAGGAAUAAUUCAAAUAAAUCCUAUGAUUUGUCUAUAAAAAUAGCUUUAGGUUCAUUCCUAUCAUGCUUGGUUGUGGAUAGUCCUUAAACAGCCUCUCUAGUAAAUGUUACCUUAGCCUCAUAAGGAUUAGCAAGAGAUGUUAUGAUUUUAUAAAAUUUACCGAACUCAGAUGAUGAUUUAGUAAAGGCCAGAAUUGGUAAUUUAGGUGAACUAGCUACAUCUCUUGUUGAUAUUGAUGAAAGAUCAUCUAAAUAUGAAGAAAAUCCAGAAUUAAAGGCAAAAAUAGCAGACACAUUAAAAUACUUAUUAAGAGGCAAAGUUAUUUGCGAAAACACAGAAAAAGCUUUUUAGUUGAGAAAUCGUAAAAUUAAAGAAGUUUAUUAGAUUAUUACAAAAGAUGGAGACAUUGUGACCAGCGGAAGUAUUUAAAUUUCUAGUAGUGACAAAGAGAAAUACUCUAAAAAGGAUUUAGGAACAGAAUAAAAUAUUUAGAACCUACAAAAAAAGAUCUAAAAUGAAGAAAAAUAAAUAGAUAAGAAGAUGGUAGAGCUAGAAUCUAUUAAAAAUUCAGACACUGAAAAAAAAUACAAUAAAUUAAUAGAAUAGUUACAAGUUCGUGAAUCUUCAAUCGAAAUAACAAAUACAGAAUUAACUUCUAUUUAAGAGAAAAUCAAAAAACUUGAAGAAAAAAAACAGCAAAUAAAAAAUGUAAUUGCAAAAAGCUUAGAAAUUAUAAAUCUUGAAAACACUGUGAAAGAAAUUGAGAAAAGGUUGCAAGAUACCUAAGAAAAGAUUGACAAAAAGAGAAGCGAAGUUUAUGAUCCUUUUUGUAAAAAAUAUAAAAUUGAUAUUAAAGAAUUAAUUUCUGUAAACGCCGAUACAGUAGAAAGAAUAUUCAAAAAUAUUGAGAAAUAAUAAACUAAAGUACAAGAUAUUAAUAAUUCUAUUAAGUCUCAUUAAGAAAAGCUUGAUAAUAUUAUUAAGGCAUAAGAAAAAUACAAUGAAAAUAAAAAAAACUUCGAAGAGUUACUUGAACAAUUUAAAAAUGUUUCUACCAAAAUUUAAAACACUAAAAACGAGUUAGACAACAAAUACAAGAAAGCUAUAUCUGAAGUAUAAUAGUUUGAAAAGGAAAUUUAAGAAAUAAAUUAAGAAAAUGAAAGCAGCUACUAGCUGUUAAUUUAGUAACCAAAUCAACUUAGAAAAGAUAUAAUUCAAAUAAAGCACUCAAUAGGGUAAUUAAUAGAUAAAAAAGAAACUCUUUGGCAAGAAUGCUAAUUGAAGUAAAUAGAAUUUAAAGACUCGUCUAAAAUGAAUAAUAAAGCCUAAAAUGAUUCUAUGAUGGAAGAGUUAGAUAGUAAGAGUAAAAGUUAAUCCUCAUAGCAAGAUGAUAUUGAGUCUUAAGAUGAAAAAGAAUAAAUACAAACUCUUUCAAAAGAUUUUACUAAGUCUCUUAAACAAUAUACACAGGCUUUGUCAUAAAUAAAUGAUGUAAAGCUAUAGGAAUCUCUAAAUAAAUUUAGUGAAAUUGAAAUGCUUAACUACUUUAUGCUUUUUAAAGAUAAAAGCUAAUUUUAGAAGAAAAGGACUGUUCGCCAAUAAUAAAUGGUAGAUGAAACAAAAGAGAGUCUUCUAACUUAGUUAUUGGAGACUGUAGAUAUAGGCUCUUUGUUAAAUUAUUAAAAUCGUCUAGUUGACCGCUUAGAAGAAUUACGUAAAAAAAUUGAAGAAUAUGCUUCAAAAGACCUUGCUGAAGGACUAAUGGGUGCAACUGUUACAAGUGAAGAAAUGAAAGUAAAAAAAGAAAAUUUAAAAAAUCGCUAAGCAGAAUUAGUGUCUGAAAAAAAGAAGGCAGAAGAAGAUCUCAAAAAUAUCAAGAAAUUACGUAAAGAAAAAUUUGAUGAAUUCUUUAAAGAAGUUUAAAGUUAAGUAAAAAUAUAUUAUGGUGAAUUAACUAAACUCAAAGGAAAACAUUAAGGCUAAAAAGGAAAUGCUGAUUUAACAGUUAGUGAUGAAGAAGAAAAGUAUAAAGGUGGAAUAAAUUACUUUUGUUGCCCUCCUAAAAAAGCUUAUGCUUUAAAUCCAGAAAAAGAGUUAAGUGGAGGUGAGAAGACUUUGGCACAAAUAGCUCUUUUCCUUGCUAUUGCAAAAGAUUCUCCUUUUUUGAUAUUAGAUGAGUCAGAAGCUGCUCUUGAUUCAUCAAAUACAUAGAAUGUGAUUGAAACAUUUAGAAACCUAAUUACAAAACAAUAAAAACUAAUAGUUUCUCACAAUUAAGAAGUCUAUUCAUAAUGUGAUAGCUUGAUAGGAACAACCUUUAAUAGAUACACUGAUACAUCAUUCACCUUAUCUUUAAAUUUAAAAGCAUGA